GCCAUGUUAGAAGAAGACACUUUUUCAGAAGAUGACAUCUGGGAGUAUAAAUCUAAAAGGAAGCCAAAGACAGGAUAUCAAAAUAGUGGCCCCGUAAAGAGUCCAAAAUCUGUUGAAAAAGUAAGAGAUGGGAAAGAUGAAACCGAAAUAAAAAAGCAAUCAAAACGAAGCAGAAAUAAGAAAGAACGGAAAAGAACCUUGGACACUACAGAAAAGGCAAAGGACAGUGAGAUUGGAGGAACCCAGAGUCAGACUUCAAUAACUUCUGAUCAAGAUUUGAGUUAUGGAGAUAAUAUUCAGCAGUCUCAAGAGAAGAAGACCACCCCAACAAAGCACUUUAAAACCCGCAAAAACAAACCUGUAUCCCCAAAGACACGUCCAGUUUAUGAUGGAUACUGUCCAAAUUGCCAGAUGCCUUUUUCCUCCCUGAUAGGCCAAACGCCUCGAUGGCAUGUUUUUGAAUGUUUGGAUUCUCCUCAGAUCGCUGAGAAAGAGUGUCCUGACGGUCUUUUGUGUACCUCAACAAUUCCUUCUCAUUACAAGAGAUAUGCUCACCUCCUGCUAGCACAAAGUCGGGCAGGUUCUGAUUGUUUCAGCAGCCCUUCACAUACAACAGGUGCUCAUUGGAAUUGUUCACCUGAGACUAAAUCAGGCUUUCAUGGAAGCCUUGAGGAAAAACAGCCUCUGAAUCAGAAACAUAUUGAGGACUUAAGCAACGUUUCUGAUGAUUCCUUUUUGAUGACACCGUGUCUAAGAAAAUCUCAGUCUCCAACUAAAACCAGCAGCAAGACUUCCUUUUCUACACGGAUUCAGGAGUCUCAGCAAGCUCUCAAAUGCGCUGAGUUUCUUCAUGAUGACAAACUAGUCGGAGCUGGUUUGCCUCUUGCUGACAAGGAGUUAAGUAGCUCAGAACACAUCAAUUCGCAACUGCUAGAAAAUGACCUGGACAACUGUGAAAUUUCCUAUUCUCCACUUCAAAGUGAUGAAGAAAUGUAUGAUACAGAUGAAAAGCUGGAUGAUUCACAACAGGAAUUAUUUUUCACUGAAAGUUCAAAAGAUGGAAGUCAAGAGGAGGAUGAGAGUGACUCUACUUUGUUUAAAAAACACCACGGUCCCUCACUAAAGGGCCAGGAAGUUAGCUGCUCCGAAGUAAAUGGCUUUUUGACUCAGGAUAAAUACAAUGAAGAAUUGUCCAAAUGCCCUACACUGACUGAUUUGUCUCAGUCUACUUCCAGAAACAGUGAGAGUGUUACUAUGCGUGGUGAUCCGGCAGAUAGCGGUGAUUAUUUUAUGCUGUUCACACCUGCACCAGCACGGGGCCUUGAUACUUCAGCGUCCCACUCAUCACAGAAGCGGGCUGAAGAAUCAGCUGCUUACAAUCCAGUUUAUUUUUCAUUACUUGAAAAGAAAACGUUAAACCCUUUUAAAGUCCAGGCAGAAGAGCACCCUUCUUUCCAUGUAUCUCUAAGGCGAGAGUUAUCAAGGGAGAAUGUUGAUGCUAAGACUACUGAUUCUGUACGUUCCUGCAGAGAGGCUUUGGAUGGAAUACUAGACAGUGACAUUUCCACUUCAAAUACAGAGGAUUUUCCUAGUACACCAACUGUUGCUAACACUGCGAAAAUGGUAUCAUCUGGGCCCAAGUGUAACGCAGGACAGUCUCCUAACAAAGUAAUGAAACAAAUGGAUAUAGGCGUGUAUUUUGGAUUACCCCCCAAAAGGAAAGCAGAGAAAUUACCAGAGGAAAGGGCAUUCGAAGGGGCAAACUUAAGUCCUGUUGUAAGUCCUAAUAAAAAGAGGUCUCAGCGGGGCAAGAGGAAAGCAGAAAACUCUCUAAGCGAUUUGGAAUUCGAUGCAAAGAAUUUGAGUGGGAGUCAACUCCCUGUGGAACUUUCUCAGGAGGGGACACAACGCCAAAGAAAGCGACGGAAGAGGUCAAAUUCACUACAGGAAGGAGCUUCUCAGAAGUCAGGACCAGUUCACAGGACAGAAUCUAGACCAGACAAUUUACGUAAAGGCAAAAACUCCGUAAAAUCCGCUGGUGGAGAGCCGCAGAGGGGAAAUAAAAACCGCCCCGAAUUAUCUAAUGCAGGAGGAUUAGGAAAAAGGAGGUGUCCCUUCUACAAGAAAAUACCUGGAACUGGUUUCACGGUCGAUGCAUUUCAGUAUGGAUCGAUUGAAGGCUGCACAGCCUAUUUUCUCACUCAUUUCCAUUCGGAUCAUUAUGCUGGCUUGUCUAAACACUUCACUUCGCCAGUGUAUUGUAGUGAGAUAACCAGCAAUCUGUUGAAGAAGAAGCUUCGUGUGCAAGAGCAGUAUAUCCACCCAUUGCCAAUGGACACUGAGUGUGUAGUGGACGGUGUCAAGGUCGUUCUGCUUGAUGCCAAUCACUGUCCAGGUGCGGUCAUGAUCCUUUUUCAUCUUCCUAACGGGACUGUCAUGUUGCACACUGGAGAUUUCAGAGCAGACCCCAGUAUGGAACGUUCGCUUCUUGCAAGUCGGAAAGUCCACACGCUGUACUUGGAUACAACAUACUGCAGUCCAGAAUACUCCUUUCCGUCUCAGCAGCAGGUUAUCCAGUUUGCCAUCAACACUGCCUUUGAAGCUGUAACUCUAAACCCUCGCACUCUUGUGGUCUGUGGCACUUACUCUAUUGGAAAAGAAAAGGUCUUCUUAGCCAUUGCUGAUGUCUUGGGUUCAAAAGUUGGCAUGUCCCAAGAGAAAUUCAUGACAUUACGGUGCCUCAAUAUACCAGAAAUGAAUGCCCUGAUCACUACAGACAUGAGCAGAGCAUUUGUUCAUCUUCUACCAAUGAUGCAAAUUAACUUUAAGGGCUUACAGAAAUAUUUGCAGAAGCAUGAUGGGAAAUACAAUCAGAUCUUGGCCUUUAGACCUACAGGAUGGACGCAUUCUAACACAUUAAUGAGAAUAUCGGAUAUUGUUCCCCAGAGGAAAGGAAACAUUUCAAUAUAUGGAAUUCCUUACAGUGAGCACAGCAGCUUCCUGGAAAUGAAACGUUUCGUGCAGUGGCUGAAGCCCCAGAAGAUCAUCCCUACAGUAAAUGUUGGCACCUGGAAGAGUCGGAGCACCAUGGAGCAGCAUUUUAGAGAGUGGAAACUGGAAGCAGGAUAUUGA